AUGAGCCAGAACUUCAAGUCUGUAGCUUACUUCGCGAAUUGGGAUAUUUACAGCCGGGAAUUUUAUCCUUGGCAGCUUCCUGCGGAAAAUCUGACUCAUGUUCUUUAUGCAUUUGCUAAUGUACAUCCAAACGGCACUGUCUUUGCAUCCGACAUCUGGGCAGAUGCGGAAAAGCGUUGGCCCUCGCAGGGUGAUCCAGAGAACGGAACGAAUCAUGAGUACAUCUAUGGCUGUGUCAAUCAGCUGUUUGAAUUGAAGAAGCAAUACCGGAACCUUAAGGUUUCUCUCUCAAUUGGAGGAUACACAUACUCAACCUCGGGCUGCUUUAGCACGAUGAGCACAAGCGAGUCAGGAAGGCACAAUUUCGCAAUUUCAGCUGUUAGAAUGAUGGCCAAUUGGGGGUUUGAUGGACUGGAUAUAGAUUGGGAGUACCCAGCAAAUGAAACAGAGGCCGAAAACAUGGUUUUGUUACUCAAACGAGUCCGAGAGGAACUCGACAACUAUGCGGAUUCAUACCCUCUGAAGAAUCGUUUCCUUCUUACGGUGGCUGCAUCAGCGAGUCCAGCAAAAUAUAACAUUCUUAAAAAGAAGGAUAUGGAUACUUACAUCGAUUUCUGGAACAUAAUGGCCUAUGACUAUGCAGGAAGCUGGGACACGUUAAGCGGUCAUACAGCUACUAUCUUCGAAUCCACUGAGUUGCCUGCCGCUACUCCAUUUAACACCGAUCAAGCCGUCCAAGGUUACAUCAGUGCGAACAUUUCAUCUUACAAACUUGUGCUCGGCAUGCCAUUAUAUGGUCGAGGAUUCUCAAAUACGAAUGGACCUGGUCAAGCCUUCAAUGGUGUCCCUGCGGGUGACUGGGAGAAGGGCGUGUUUGACUACAAAUCGCUUCCUCCACGUGGGGAUAAUGUGACAAUAGUGGGAUCUAUUGGGGCAAGCUAUUCGUAUAGCUCGCAAGACCACAUGAUGGUCAGCUAUGAUACCCCUGAGAUCAUAGAACGAAAGGCCAGGUAUAUCAUGGAGCAGCGACUAGGCGGUGGCAUGUGGUGGGAAAUAUCUGGGGAUAGGAACGACCAGGACAGCUUGAUUUCGACACUCGUGACGUCGCUCGGUGGGUCGGCAGCAUUGGAGAGAUCAAAUAACACUUUGGUUUAUCCUCUUUCGCCAUAUGAAAACAUCAGAAACAAUCAAUUGAGCACAAAAGAAGUGCAAUAA